AUGUUCCGUAAUUGUAACAAUUAUGACUCGAUUGGUCGUCGCAUUUCACAGAUUUCAGAAGAUGAAGCUGUUUACGAUGAGGUUUCUGAAAAAUCCGAGCUUCCAUCAUUUUUAAACGAUGCAAAUGAAGAUGUUAUCAAGAAGUUCUUGAAGGUUUGGAAUGAUCAAGAUAUCCCAUCUGAAAGCUUACGUCAAGAAAUGAUUCACUUAUUGGCUGUAUCAUUACUGACUACCAAACAACUUACGGCGUAUAAUCAUUACAUGGGAGAACGUCGACACUGUCAGCAAGAGUUGCUAUUAGAAAUACGCCGAAUGUCAGUUGCAGCACAAAAAGCUCUGAGUAUUCUUUUGUACGCAGAGAUUGAAGAGCAGUACAAACUUGCGAAGAAUUUUCCAUCCAGCAUUCGUCGAGAACUACGGAACUUCGCUCGGCGAAGAUUGGCGAAAAAUACUUGA